UAAAUUUAAAACAGUUGCGAUCGUUAUUUGUUUGAAAAGGUGGUAUGUACUUUGUUUGUUGAUACUGAGUAUCUUUUUUCCUCAAUACGAAAAUUUGCAACUAUUUACGGCGAAUUUUAUCGGCAUUUUGCUGACAGAUAAGUAAAAUUGUGAACGUUUUAAUAGUUUUUCCCUUUUUCUGUAGUCGCCAUGAGUGCGAGACAAAAGUAUGAAGAGGUUAAGCCAGUCAUAAUUGAUUCAAAAUCUAAAGUAACAUAUCGCCGUGGAAAUUUCUUGGGUAAAGGAGGAUUCGCAAGGUGUUAUGAAUUUAAAAACACUAAAACAGGGGAAAUAUUUGCUGGUAAAGUUGUUUCUAAAAGCAUGUUGGUAAAGCCUCAUCAUAGAGACAAAAUGUGUCAGGAGAUUACGAUUCAUAAAUCCCUUUCUCAUUUAUACAUUGUAUCUCUGCAUAGUUAUUUUGAAGAUGAAAGUAAUAUGUAUAUUAUAUUGGAACUUUGCCGGAAGCGCUCCUUAAUGGAAAUGCAUAAGAGAAGAAAAACGUUAACUGUCCCGGAAGUUCGUUAUUUUAUGCGACAAAUAGUAUUGGCAUGUAAAUAUAUGCACGAAAAUAAAGUGAUUCACAGAGAUUUAAAGCUCGGUAAUCUCUUUAUUAACGACGAAAUGGAAAUUAAAGUUGGAGAUUUUGGUCUUGCAACUCGCCUUACUUUUGAUGGAGAGAGAAAGCAAACACUGUGUGGAACACCAAAUUAUAUUGCUCCUGAAAUCAUAACUAAAAAGGGUCAUAGUUUCGAAGUUGAUAUAUGGUCUCUUGGUUGCAUAAUGUAUACUUUGCUUGUAGGUUCACCUCCAUUUGAAACACAUACUCUCAAGAAUACAUACCAUAAAAUCAAGAAAUGUGACUAUUAUCUACCAACUAAACUGGAUCACAAUGCUCGACAACUUAUCCAGAAGCUACUACAUCCAGAUCCUGAAAAGCGCCCAAGUGCAGAGGAAAUUCUGAUGGAUGCUUUUCUUACAACAGGUUACAUUCCAUCUAAAUUGCCAACUUCUUGUCUUACAAUGCAACCUAGAUUCACUCAUAAUAUGUCUAUAUUUGAAGAAUCUAUAAUUGAAAGAAAACCUUUGAAAGAUGCUGGAAAUAAAGCAAUGCCAUCAAUUCCUGAAAAACUUAUUGCUGCUACUCUUAAAUUAGGAAUUAAUCCUCCAGAUGAGGUACCAGCAUCUGCAAAGCCAAAAUCUGACUACAUCUAUAUGCCUGAAACUACAAUGCCUAAAGAUUACCACUUAAGUGAUUUAUGCCAGAUGCUUGCAUCUGUAGUGAAGUGUAACCCUGAAAAACUUUAUACUGGUCAGCCAGAAGAUGCUCAGGAUCCAUCUGCAGUACCGUUUCUGUGGAUAAGCAAAUGGGUUGAUUAUACUGACAAAUAUGGACUUGGUUACCAGUUAAGUGAUAACAGCAUAGGUGUAUUUUUUAAUGAUGCCACUCAUCUUGUACUCUUAUCUAAUGGGGAAAAUAUGCAGUAUAUUGAUAGAAAUGAUGAGGAGCAGUUUUUUACUAUUACAAAAUAUCCUGAAGAUAUGAAUAAAAAAGUUACACUUUUGAAUUAUUUCAAUGGUUACAUGACUGAAAAUUUGGUGAAAGCAGGUGAAAAUGCAAGAGCUCAUCAAGAAGAAGAUGAGAUGACUAAUGUUCCUCAUGUUCGAGCUUGGUUCAAAACAAAAUCUGCUAUUAUUUUUCACCUGACAAAUGGAACUUUUCAAGCAAAUUUCUUCAAAGAUCACACUAAGAUAAUAUUGUGCCCUCUCAUGCAUGCAGUGUCUUUCAUCGAUGAAGAGAAAAACUUUACUGUCUACACUUUCAAACUGAUUGAGAAGUUUGGUUGCUGUCCUCUUCUAGCUUCUCGUUUGCGUUAUGCAAAAAAUAUGGUAGAGAAGUUGUACAAAGAUUACCUAAGCCCUGAAACUGCAGCUAAAGAACUGCUUCCUUAAUAUAUCGAUUUAGUUUGGAAAAAAAAUCUAGAUUUUUAGGUAUUUUUAUGGUUUUUUUUUUUUAUAAUGAGACGGGAGAUAUUUUUAAUGAUUACCAUUUUUAAUGAGGUGUUUAUGCUAUUUCUUUAUAUGUUUUACUACCCUUAUAGCUACUGUAAUAUUUCUAAUUUUAUUACACAGUAUUUUUUAAUUAAAUCACUUCUUUAUUUUUGUAUAUUCAUAAUACUUUCCCCAGUAUCGCAGGAUUUUGACAGAAUAUUAAAAUUUUAUCAUAUUUCAUUUUUAACUAAUAUUUGCAAGCUAAAAUGUAUUGUCUUAUGAGUAUUUGUAUAUGAACAUAUUUAUAAUUAAAAAUGUAUUCGAUUUUGUUUAGCUUACACUAAAAAUGGGAGAUAAAAUUUAUGUUAAAGACACAAUUUUGAUGUAAAUUUUCUGUAAAACAUAUACAAAUGUUUUUAGUGUGAAUAACAGCAAAUGUAUUAUUCAGACUGAAAAAUUCAGUCCUAUAUUUUAAUGUUUGAACCUCUUCUUUAUUUAAAAAACAAAUAUGGUAUAAUUUUUAUUACAAAUAUCUUAUAAUUUGUAAUGAAAAUGUUAAAAUAAUGGUUCAAAAAAGUAAUCUACAAUUUUUAAUUCUAGUGUGUACCAAUCCCUUUUCUGUGCAGGUAAAGAAAUGAUCCAUUGAAUAUAUAUAUAUGUUUAGUAAAGAUGCUAAAAAAAUAUUUAAAAAAAAAAA